AUCUCCGCCGACACUGUAGAUCGUCGCCACUUCGUAAAAUUCAUAAUAUUUUCUGUUCUUUUCUUUCAUUUUCUUUUUGGUUUCAGUCUAAAAACGAUAAAAAAAGAGAAUAAAUUAAAUUAUUUUUCCAGCAAUCGGAUUUCAUGCAAUGAAAUCGAUGGCGUUGAGUACACUCAAUCCAUGAAAACGAAAUUCAAAUUCCAAACAGAAGGAAACAAUAGCAGUUUUUUUUUUAACCUUGUAAUGCAAAUCCAUUUAUAAAUUAUUUUAUUUAUAGAUUCAGAAUAUUCUGGCGGGCUGGUGCCAAGGCACUCGUUGAAGAAGCCUUAACGUUUGCCAGUUCAUAUUUUAUAAUUAUUAUUAUUUUUAAUGUUCUUUGAGUCAUUUUCACAAACAACUGACAGGUGACAGCUCUUUAGAUCUCUCCUCGAUACUGUGACUCCCGAUCAAGCUUCAUUUAACAUUUUUAUUAUUUUUGUAUUUGAAAUGCUUUUUAAUUGUUAUUAUUGUUAGUAGUAGAACUUGUUUCUUUUAAUUGGAAGUUGAAGCUUGGUAUUUGGUGCUUCGAUUGGAAUUUCGUUGAGGGAAAAAAUGGACGGUGGAGAUGGGACGGUAAGAUUAGGAGCUUUGAAUUUGAAAGCAGGUAGAGGCUUAGAUUUGGAUCCGGAUGUCUCCGUUUCUUCGCCGGUAACAAGGCAAAAAGCUGCCGCCGCCAAACAAUUCAUUGAGAAUCAUUAUAAGAAUUACCUGCAAGGAUUACAAGAGCGUAAAGAGAGACGGCGAGCACUGCAAAGGAGGGCUGAGGAAGCUAAGGUUUCAAGUGAAGAACAAGAGGAGAUGAUGAGGAAUUUGGAAAGGAGAGAAACUGAAUAUAUGAGGCUGCAAAGACGUAAAGUAGGAAUCGAUGAUUUUGAACAAUUGACUGUAAUUGGAAAAGGUGCAUUCGGCGAGGUUAGGUUAUGUCGUGCUAAAAGUACUGGAGAGAUUUUUGCCAUGAAAAAAUUAAAGAAAUCGGAGAUGCUUAGUCGUGGACAGGUUGAGCAUGUUCGUUCUGAGAGAAACUUACUUGCUGAGGUUGAUAGCCGAUGCAUUGUAAAGCUGUUCUAUUCUUUUCAAGAUUCUGACUUCUUGUACCUUAUUAUGGAGUAUUUACCUGGUGGUGAUAUCAUGACACUACUGAUGAGGGAAGAUAUUCUUUCAGAAGAUGUAGCACGUUUCUAUGUAGCAGAGAGCAUUUUGGCUAUUCAUUCGAUUCAUCAACACAAUUAUAUUCAUAGGGACAUUAAACCAGAUAACCUGAUACUAGAUAAGAAUGGGCAUUUGAAGCUUUCAGAUUUUGGCUUGUGUAAACCCCUAGAUGACAAGUAUUCAACAAUUUUGUUGGAAGAUGAAAAUUUAACUUCUCAGGACACCAAUGAGGCUGAAGUCCAGUCAGGAUCUGAAAGACCCCCUUGGUUGAUGCCAAAAGAACAACUACAACAAUGGAAACGGAACCGCCGUGCAUUGGCAUAUUCAACUGUUGGAACCCUUGAUUACAUGGCUCCUGAAGUUCUCCUAAAGAAGGGUUAUGGAAUGGAGUGUGAUUGGUGGUCUCUAGGUGCAAUCAUGUAUGAGAUGCUCAUAGGCUAUCCUCCAUUUUGUUCUGAUGAUCCUCGGAUAACAUGCCGCAAGAUUGUCAACUGGAGGACUUGCUUGAAAUUCCCUGAGGAACCAAAAAUAUCCCCCGAGGCUAAGGAUUUAAUAUGUCACCUGCUCUGUGAUGUUGAAACCCGCCUGGGCACCAGAGGAGUGGAAGAAUUGAAGGCACAUCCAUGGUUCAAAGGUGUUCCUUGGGAAAAGCUAUAUGAGAUUGAAGCUGCAUAUAAGCCGACAGUCACCGGAGACUUGGACACACAAAAUUUUGAGAAGUUUCCUGAAAUUGAUGGCCCUCCUUCCUCAAUACCAGAAGUGGGACCUUGGAGGAAGAUGUUGACGUCAAAAGAUAACAAUUUCAUAGGAUUUACAUUUAAGAAAUCUGACGUUGUUAAGUCACUUGAAAGUUCAGGUACUGACAUGAGAUCUAACGGACCUUCAAAAGUCCCAUCGAUCGUUUCCUUGCUAGGUCGAAUAGAUCUUCAAGAAACAGUAAUGCCAGAAGGCGAGCAGGAGCAGGAAACUUGAAUCCGAGUGCUCUCCAUUGUCGGCGUCUGUGAGCAUAGUUGAUCUUAGUUUCAUCUCAGGUGCACACUUUGCAACACCCAAAAAAGGGGUUGAAAUAUCAUAUUGAGAUUGAAUUUUGUCAAGAACUGCUGCUUGGAGACAUAAAUAAGGUCAGCUAAAAAUUUAUUCAAAUCAUCUUUGACCACUAUCCUUGUUUUUUCUUUUCUCCAAAAAGAUUAUGGUUUGUAUAAGAGCUAUUGUAAAGCCCAAAUUAUGUUCAAUCCAUUUUGACUGUAAUUUUUCUUUUUACUAGAAAUUAAUUUUCCUUUCAAACUGUGACCUUUUUUUGUCUAUUAAAAAUAGUGAAAACACGAUUGGUAGCAA